AUGCUGAUGAAACAACAAGAGAGGCUGUCUGAAAGGGAACAAGAUAUUGAAGAACAAAUUUACAAACUGAAGACAGAUAAAAGCGUGAUUGAAGAAAAAGUCCUGCAGUUAAAGGAGGAAGUGCGUCUGCAGUAUGAGAAGAUGCGUCAGAUUCUGGAGGAGGAUCUUGGGAAGACCUUGGAGUUGAUCGACAAAACACGCACCAAAUUCUGUGAUGAAAACGCCUCCCAAGUGCACCAUCUAAACGAGCGAUUGGAAGAGGCCAAAAAGCUACUGAAUUCUGUCCAGAAAAUGUGGGACAGGACCGAGGAUAUUUCAUUUAUGAAGAAUACCAAAUCGGUAAAGAUUUUACUGGAGAGGACUCAAGCGUGUACAGGAAUUGGAUUGCCGCCUCCCAAAUUUGGGCACCUCCAACCCAAGCCCUUCCUGAGUGAGAUUGCAAAGAAAGAGAAACACAUCAGAAAGCUGCUGGAAGGGACGAUCAGCCCUGCGGUGCCGUUCCUGCAGAGCGUGCCGGCUUACACCUGCAGCAUCUCCAACACCGCGGGAGAGAAACGCAAGCACUCGGCGGCCUUCCCCAUGCCCACCACAUCAGCCGUGGACAACGGCUUCCUGGAAACAGCCGGCAACGUGACGGGGCAGUACAUGGGCCAGGGCCCGACAGGUGUGGAGGGCCAGGCGGGGCAAUCUCUGGUGCCCUGCAGCUCUGCCCAGCACAUCGUGGGACUGGCAGGCGGCCCUCAGCCUGUCCACACGGGUCCCGUCUUCAACACAACUCACUACCCCAACAGCUCGCCCUCACAGCAGGCUGUCCUCUCCCAGUCUGUUGGCUACGCUGGCCGCAAGAUCCUGGUCUGCUCGGUGGAUAAUUGCUAUUGUUCUGGGGUGCCUUCUGUAUCGAACCACAACGGACACCAGCCGUACAGCAGGUCAGGCACUUUCCCGUGGUCUGUGACGUCACAGGAAUACGCACACGCCCUCCAGCCCGCUCCUUCGGUACCUCAGUCCCUCAUCACGUACGGAAUGGGAUCGGCAUCUCACAACAACGCCGCAGGCAAGAUUACGGCAGGCUACAUGGGCAACCCGUCACUGAACACUACGCCACAAUCCAAUCUUCUAAACUCUGUCUAUCACACGUUUUAAACCGUGUGUCUGUGCGCGGGUAUUUGCUCAUGUUUUUUAUUUCCCCUCUCCGCCCCCCAC